AAGAAUUCGUUAUAUCAACGAUACAAUCGGCUGUCACGUUUCUAACAAUCAACGUGAGCUAUUUCCUGCCAGAAAAUAAUUUACCGCAACGUUGCAUGACAGUUUCGGUCAUUUGGAAAUAGUCCACAUUACCUAAGUCGCUUUCUUCCGUGUUGCACGAAGGUAUGGGACAUUGCCGGUCAGGAACGAUAUCGAACCCUGACAACGUCAUAUUAUCGAGGCGCGAAGGGUAUUACACAUAUCUAUGAUAUAACCAAACGGCAAAACGUUUAACAGCAUCGCAAGAGAAGAUACUUGUUGACAACAAGUCCGACAUGGAACCGCAUGGAACUUUACCGAAACGUCAGCAAAGAAGAAUAUUAACAUUGACGACACAUGUACCCACCUCGUGAAAGCCAUUCUACGGAAACGUUUACCGAAAAAUAGGCGGCUUGACCUGAUUUGAAUUCGUUUGUUCGGCAAAUGACGACUUGCGCAAACUUACUUGCUUGAGCUAAUACUCAAACAUCUUAAAUCGAACACUGUUGGGAAACGCAUUGUUAAAACGGCUUGUUCAUCGCGAGAAUUCUUCUUCUGGCCAUACUCGAUGUGAAGGCAGGUUAAUUCAACUCGACCUGUAUUUAGCUAACUUGUUGGUGUAUCACAGUCCUCAACGUGGAGUACACCGAGACGUCUGCAUUAUUCAGUGCAAGGCCGACCCCUAGAGAUGCAGGAACGAUAGUUGGAUGAGAAACGCAACGGGACGAGGGUCUAAGCGACUUGACGAUUGAAGUAGCUGUUUCGCAUUACGUUCGUUGCCUAUUGUUCAGCAAAUCUCUAUUCGUGUGUUUUGAUUUGUGUGAAAAUUGCAAUAUAAGCGUUAUGGGAAAUGGUUCACCAGAAGCACCCGGGCCUCGCUAACCUCACAGGACCAAUUUGGCCCCCAAAGGUUUCCGCCAAUUCAGCCUCGAUGCAAUCAAACGGCGACUGCAGCGCCACAUUCGAAAUCUACCACCACCUGACCCCGCACUGGGUAGUAGCAUGGCACCUGACAGUGAAAAAGGAAUUGUUUGCAGCGAAAAUUGAUUAAGUCUGUUUCGAGGUUCAACCUGGUUAUGCGUAAAGAUGAUUUACGGCGCACAGAUGGUGAAGACAUGCUUUGUUACUCUGUAUGCCAACGUAUUUCUUGUUUUUGUGCAUUGAACGGUGUCUUCGGUGUGAUGAAAUAAAGUACAUAAUAUCAAUAAUAAUUUUUACAUAAUAUCGGCGAUGUCAACUGUAUCUCCGGAGUCGGCUCUGGAGGGCCUGACACCCGAACAAUCGGAACGGGUAUGCGAAUGGCUGAAGUUGUUCUCUAUUUCAAAACGAGAUUUAGCUGUGUGGAAAUCGGUCCGUCAAAAGUUCGUCAGGUCCACGACAUACAAGGUUCCAGUGGAGACCAGGGUUGACGAAGUUUGCCGAGAUCUGUUUGAGUUGAAACAAUUCGCUCAACGAAUUGUGUCUUUGCUCCCUAGAGUUACGCUAGAAGUUGUCGCCAAAAAGACCCAGGGCGCAUUUUCUGUGAAGGAAAUCGCCCACUGGCGAAAUGCUCUUGCCGCGAUCCAACUUCCUUUUCGGUUUGACACUGGUUCACCGCAAGCAGAACUCUACGCGUUGGCUAAGAAUGUAGAAGAAUCUGAACUCAACGAAGCCGGACCUGAGUCAAGCGUCAACAUAGGAACUGCAAAAAUUACACAACUUCCACACAGUUCUACGAGUAUUCGUCUUGUUGCAACGUCAUUACCGUCACAAAGCUGGAGUCCGGCAGCUGCGUUGGACAGUAAAACCAUUCCACAGCUUGGUCAUUGUUUGUCUGUCACAGGUGCUACAACCUCUACCAAAAAAAUUGCACCUACGGGGACCCAGGAAGUGUUUUACGCGAACCCGUUAUCAUCAUCCGUAAUGGCCCGAAAUUUGCGAAGUUCGACAAAAAAGUUAACUAUGGGCAACUCCCCAAGCAAAAAUGUCGUUGCGAUUUCAUCGACUGGCGUUCAAGCGAAGGUCGUAGCCGUAAUCGAUAAUAGAGAAAGGUCUUCUGCUUUAAAUGACCCCAUGAAGCGAUUUGCGGUUAAAGAGACAACUUCGUUACCAAAUAUUAUUUCGGAGGAUUCUGUGAAGACCAGCACUUCUAAAACGUCUGAUGAGUCUAAAAGAAUGAUUGACGAUGAAGGGGACGCUGUGUGCAGUUCUCAAGCCUCCUUUGCGGUAGCCGUUAACACGUCAGCUACUUCAAAAUCCACUAAAAGUUUUGACACAAACAAAAUGGAUCUCGACAAAGAUUGCCAAGAACUGAUUUUACCUGAAGUGGUUGAUUCUACGACGGCAGGAACUCGCCGAACAGAGGUGAUUCUCGAAGUCAGUGAAGAUUCCAGUAACGAUUCAAGUUCAAACGCUAAGAAUACAUUAAAGGUUAAUCAGAGCACAAAUGUAAACAAUGUCCCUGUCGAAAAUUCCGAGGCCACUUCCGCCAUCGACAGCGAAAAAAAUCCGCAGGAAAAACCGCUGUCACGACUGGAACCGUUCGUAGGCAACCCUUUUACUUCCACAUUCCCGAUGCUCGAAUACGAUCUACCAAUCGUCGAGAUAUCUCCAAUAUUGCGCAAGUAUCUAUUGCAGUUCCGUGUCGAACCCGUUGAAUACAUAUGGUGGCGGAAGCAAAGAGGGGACUCAAUCGAAUGGUUGACGCAACCUAGAGAAGUCCUCGAUAAGGCAGAUGAAUUUUUAACUUUUAUCACAAAUCUGCUGGAGCAGAUAUCCUGUCCAGAUAAAUCAGCGAUCUUAUCAGUGGCAAAGGCCUAUGGUGUACAGGCUCACUCGCUCGAGAGAUGGAUACAUUAUAGAAAAUUGUUUAAUCAGGACAGAACCGCAUUAAAAUUCAGCCUCUUUGGAGAGUCUUCCUUACGAAAGUGUACCAUCGAGGACAGAAGUAUUCUUCAGCUAGAAAAAAUUAGCAGGUUUAAGCCGCCUCCAAAGCGACGUCGCGUAUCAUUUCGGGUGGGUCGAAUGCAGUGUUCGGAUCAAGAGGUCGUCGAAAGGGUGAUGUCAUUUUAUAUGCUUUCACCUGCCAUCCUUGACCAAUUACCUCUCCCAGAAAAUAUCUCGGUUCAGGAGAGUCCUGAGUUUUUACACUUGUUACCAAUAGAGAAACUUCUCUAUGACCUAGAAUCAAUCAUUAUCAACAAGUGUGAGGUGAGUCAGUUCCAAGAAAUGUUUCCGGCUGACGCGGGUCGUGUCUGUUUCGGUCCAGCUCUUAUAAACCGAUCUGGUCGGCUCCGAUCGCUCUAUCAAUUACCUCUAGGGGAUGCUGUAGCAGCAGCUGUCGAAGAUAACUCGCGCCUGCGAAGUAAAGAGGUAACUUUACCCGCCUAUUUCGACACAGCUUAUGAUGGUGCCCAGCCCGUAGUCCCUGUCGACGCGACCUGCGCUCUCGUCAAUGCCAUUCAUACAGGCUCAACAAAUCGAGACCGCCAAAGAGUCAAAACUCGGGCUAAGAUUAUGGAUGUGCUGAAGAAAUACGGCGCAGUCGAUUUUUCUGAUGAGGUUGCAUGCGAUGAAGAACAAGAAGUGACCGGCUUACGCCAAGAAUUUGUGGUUCCAUUUAUCAGCAGGCAAGAAACAGACGCGGGGGACGUUGAAAGUGACGAAUAUUAUGUUUAUCAAGAGGCAGAAGAGCAAUAUUAUAAUGAAGCUACACCAAGCGUUAAUGUUCACGCUUCAAGUAAUGAUGACCAUAGCGCAGCAGAUAAUGAAAUGUAUGAAAUUCGUGUUAAACAGGAGCCAACCGAAAAUGAUGAGUAGAAUUUUUUGAAGCAAAAAAUAAGUGCCUUGGCUGUUUAGUAAAUAGAAACAGCUACAAUGAAAUGUGCCUAUUGUUAAUAAUGUUUAGUCUUGUGACAAAAAGCACGAGUUUUCGCACAAGUAACUGAAACGAUCGAAAUGUACCUAACAGAUAAGUGAUCACUGAUAUUGCUUUGGGUAUAUAACUCAGUUUGUCUAGCGCUUUACUUUCUCCUAAUUUUACUAAAUUAGCAUUCUGUGAAAGUAUAGUUUUUCAUUUCAUUAGUUCAUUCAGAACAUACGCAGCCCGUGGCGCGAUAUAGAUACACCAAGAGCUUCUCUUACGUUACACUUUCAUGCUCCUUAAGCUCAUGGACGAAGUAACUAAGAUGAGCAGAAUUCAAUAAUUCUUAGAAAUAAAAUUUUGUUUCCGAACAUCGGAGAUGUCCGCUUAAAAAACUUUGCCUGCUUAUAAAAGUUGUGUCGAUACAUAAUCGGAAAGAUUUAAUUUAGAAAAGACUGGGGUGUAAAUUGAUUCAGCCGCUGCCUUAAGUUAUCGUAUUGCCGUGGAUACUACAAAAUACAAUUCACACUGGCAAUUUGGUCUUGGGUUAUUCUGACAGUGAACUGGUCAGAUGCGGAGGUGAGUAUCUCUAAAGACGAGCGGCCUGCUGUCACCUUCCUAUAUCUACUAGUAGGUGUACCAUUCUAAAACCUCAGUAGCGAAAGUGCACUAAUGACUAGCUACGAGCAGAGAAUUAAGCUGCGCCUUGGUUAUCGCAUAUUUAAUGUACCUUGAUCAUGUACAAAAAAUUGAUUAGUAAAUAUAUACUAAAAGAUUGAAGCUACUUACUAAUAGGAUAAUGAAUCUGCAGCUGUACUAGUGUGUACGAUAGGGAAAAUCGCAGUGAGUAAUUGGCGGGACUUGCAAAGUUCUAAGUUAAUUCUAGUGGUGAUAUAAAAUUUGUUUGAAUUUAGAUUUGAAAUUUUAUAGUAGAACUAUUUUUUAUAUGAAAGAAUACGCACAGUGUGGUAAUGGACAAAUCGUGGUGGGAAGAUGAAAUGACUCGGACAAAAGAGCAGUGGCUAAAACAAAAAAUAGUACUAGUAUAUUCUAAUAAGGAAACGGGAUGGCCCAGAUAGCAGGACAACCCAGUUAUACAGUAGUUGGUUGAAUGUGACUGAUUCCUAUGAUCGGAUAACAAAAAAAUAAAGAUCUCCUAUCGACCUAUUGGUUACGCUAGAUUCGAUAUACUACGAAUGAAGUUAAUUAACAUGGGAAGAGACUCGUAAAGAAAUUGAAAAAAGAUAACGGGAUUGUUGGAACAAUUCAAUAGAAAAAUGGGAUCGGAGUCAACCGGAUAACUGGUACGCCAUAUUUAUCGUUAAAUUUUGUAUUAGGUUGUGUGAUAUUAACGACUCUGAUAAACCAAAUCAAUAGGAAAAACCCUUCCGGUCAGUCUAACUAAGACAAUUAUUGUUAAACCCCAAACGAAAGUAUCAAUCACUACGCAGAAUUGAAAAAUUAUUUAUAUUUUUUAUUUAAUAUUUUUAUCCUUGUCUUAAAGACCUCUCUAGCCUAAGUGCGUGCAUUCUUGAAAUUUUCGUUUCAUCUUAGUUCUGCUGUUAUGCUAUCAUUACUGUGUCAUCCAGCUGUUUCGCGAGAUAUUUUGGUGUUUUUUGCAUGUUACACGUGUCUGUUUCUCUCUAUAAUACCAUCACUGUUAUUAUUAUUAUAUUAUUAUCAAUAUUACCGUUAUCAUAUAAUUAAACUUUCACAUUUUUAUCAACUAGACCAUUCAUCCCCACCCAACGCCGUUUAGCUAAUCUGUUUGACGCGGAUUUGAUUCUUCAUUUGUCAUUAUCAGCAUAGGUUAAACAAAACCGUUGCUGUAUUAUCAACUUUUGUGUAAAGGUUAUUACUUCACGCGUAAUAAAAAGGAAUUCACAUGAACCAAUUCGCAUGGCCUUUCCCGACACGAUUUCACUUUGCUCGUUUCUUCGGCAGGGCUGAAGCUCGCAGAUCUAAUAACAAGGACAAAUGACAAUGAAGAACAGUCGACCUAAAUACCUAUAUGUAUAUAUAUAUAUAUAUCCCAUGUCAUAUCGAUUUAACAGUUUUCAAUUUUUUUCGUAACCGCCGAAAGUUAGCAAGUUCACAAGAAAGUUUGCACUUGUUUCGAUCAUCGUAAAAUCAAACGCGCCAUAAGCCCUAUGCUAGCGCACGGUUAGAUGGUGAGCUAUCGGUGUUCCGACGCCGUGAUCCCAUCUGUGGUCCCCAUCUGGACAAUGGUGCGUCGCGCCUGUUUCCAAGUCAACAGCAUUCGACGGGCCUUAUUUCCAAGAGGAGAAAUCACCUUCGGAGAGGUAAAAGUCAUGGUUAGCUAUUACUGACAGUGUACUUACGUUUACUCUCUAAUGGGUUCGCCCCAUGGGUGAACAUUUCUUUUUGGUUAAAGCUUGGCGGUUUUGGUUAUCGGACGCCGGCAAUUAGACCAUUUGCGCUUCACUUCGAAGCCUAUUAACAACAGACACCCGCAUUUUUUGCUUUUCAGUUCGAGCGUUUUUAGUUCAUAAGAAAUUGAGGAAUCAGUGCGUUGAAAUAGAAUAUUUGAACAGAUUUUACUGAUGAACCGACGCUAGUAUCGUAACUCCCGUUGAUCCUUUAGUUGCCUUUUUUGCGGCCCACUAUAACCAAUUCGAAUUGCUUCUGUUCCUCAUUUUCGUUUGUCUAUAGAACUAUAAACAAUAUUUCUCGACUCGAAUGAAGUAUCCCUGACCCCAUGCAUCUUAAACAAACCAUAUGAGUAACAUCGAUAUCCUCAUACACACCAUUUCCAACCCGCACUCAUACCGUGCACCGUUCUAUUUUUAUUAUUUUCUCUAUCAUUAUUCCCUAAAUUACUGUUAUCGUCAUUAUUGUUGUCAUAUGUUGUUGGCCUUUAGCUUUCUGAUAUUUCCUUUCUCUUCCUCCUUCUGUGCCUAUGUAACUGUCCUAGUUGUAGGUAUAAAAAUAUAAAAAGGCUUUUGGAAUACCUGGAAGCGGGAUCUCAUUACCAACACGUAGGUUUUCUACUGCCACCAUCGUCAUCAUUAUAAUUAUUAUCACUACCACCAGUAUUUUAUCGUAGGCAAUCAGUUGGAACAGUAAUGCGGCUGAAUACUGCAACUCGUACGCUACCAUAAGCCUAAGUUGGCAGUACAAAAAGUAGUGGGUAAUGUCCCGCGGAAAUAGCAUACCUGGUAGUUAGGCUAUCUGCUAUUUCCUAUAUGACUUUCUUCCUCUAACCCACUGAUAGUCACUGUACUGUCGCCCUGCCGCAUUCCGCUUUAACUCAUGUGGGUUCGCCGCUGCUAAUGUUGGCUAUCAUUAUUAUUUUCCAAUUCCGUGCUUUUUUUGUGAGUACACACAGACAGGCAGCUAUAUGCUACCCUUCGAUAACAGCUAUCAGAUCAUCGAUAGAUCGAUUUAAUGUUUGUUAAUGAUUAUGCAAAACAGAAGGAGGAGGUAAUUAACAUUGAAAUUUCAAGCACACUUCAAUUUACCUACAACAGUAGUCGUUGUCAGUAGGUCAUGAUUCGUCUAAAAGCUAGUCUUUACCGUUGAAACGGGCGUAUCUUUUGACGUAUUUUUAUCUUUGCACUUCUCGCAGUGCUUUACCUGAAUUUGGGGUGCCCCACCCUUAUUUUCUUUUGUUUUAUUGCAGUUGGUUAAAAUUAUGAAUUAUAACUUUCGUUUUGUUCUCAUUCCAUAGGCAUCACUGCGACGUAUUUGCAACACAGCAUCUUCGUGAGGUUCAUGUUAUCUUAUGUAGUUCGCAUGCGUCUGUCUAGUUCUGGAGAUACCAACAACGGAAUAUCAAUGGUGAUGAUGGAUAUCCCUUACGAGUGAGGCAUGCCCAGGCGAAAACAAGCCGGCAGACCUACGACAAUAAGAACUCUUGUUAAUUCCAAAACUUCAUUCACCGAAUAUAAGUACCACUAUAAUUAGGCAGGGUUCGCGCUACUCGCAUACAAAGCAACAGUUCUAUUGAGUUGAGGGAUAUGAAUAGGAUCAAAGAGCAUCGAGAAGAGGGCACAUCAUAGAGAGAAGGAUCAUCAGCGAAAAAGUUUUUCUUUUAAUAUGAUAUCUCUAUCGUAUUUACCAACUGGGUCAGGCUAGAGGACAGGUGUGACACUGAAAACUGAUUAUAAGUCAGGCUGCUUCGAUAUUUCUAGUUAAAAAAGAAACAAGGUACAGUUUAGUUUACUACACAAUCGCACACGUCCACUUGAAUAAUGAAAACGCAACGAAUCUUUCAACAGAGACUGUUCGAUUCGUCGAAAGAAUAGCGGAAAAAAAGCUUUACAACGGCACCGAAUUGCCAUAAUAGAAAAUUUUUACACGUAUUUACGUAUAAUGUAUCUAUUCUUCUAGGCUGCUUCGAUGCUAGGCGCUAGAAUUUUCAUAUUUCAUUUGCCUCAAUGUGUUUUUUCUUUACGUUCAAGCCCAUCGUUUACCCCCUCGUCCUUUGCUCCGCCGAACUCUCGAACCCUGUCAGCGGUCGGUCACUAGACAAACCGAUUUUCCACAAUUAAACCCGCAUUUACACACGCACGUAUAAUACUAAGAUUUCAAUGUGUUGUUAUUUUAUUAUGGUGACGCUGUUUAUUUUUAGUUUAUUAUUGUUAUUAUCAUUAUCGUGUUUCGUGCUCUGUUUAUUUUUUAGCUACUUCCCGUUCCUAAACUCGUCGAAGUUACCGUUAUCCUUUGCUCACCGCAUUUGUUGCUCGUGUUGCUAUUUAUUUUGCUUGUUUUGUACACUCAAAGAUAGCAGUGGAAUCACAGAACAGGUACUACAAUCAACUCACUCGCUUGCCCGUUCGCUCCUAACGACUGACGACCCACCGAUCAAUAACUAACUUCACCAAAGUAUUUGCUGCGUUAAAUUUCAACGUCCGGAGUCUCCUCAACUUGCAUAUCAGCACUGCUUAUUUCACAUUGAUAUACUUAGUAUAUUUUCUUAUUGUUACUAUUACAUUUGCGCCACCUUAUUGUCAGUUCAUGUCAUCUGCAUCAGCAUUAAUCUGUCCCCGUUACCAUGAUCACCGUUGAGUUCUAUGAUUUCAUCCAGCCUACGAAGAACCCAAUCAACCCAAGCACAGUUUUCAGUUUACCCGGACAACAUCCUUGAAUCUAUUAUCAUUGUUAUUAUUAAUGAUUAUUAUUAUAUUUUUAAUAUCGUAUAAUAUUCAGUAGUUAUUAUAAACUGACAGAGUUACACAGUUUUACGAGUCCCAGCAACAGUUCGUCCAGCGGAUGAUUGCUUUUAAUGCGUACUGCUAGCAGGCUAUUUUUGCCUUCAUUAUCUUCAUGGUGUUAGUUAUCGUCAAAAUUAUCGUCAAGAUCGUCUUCGACGUCCUCAUCAUUAGCCGCCGUAUCGUUGCCAACAAAUUCACUGUAAACUGUGGGGUGGGUGAUCUGCUCACAGCAAACUGGCUUGACUGAUCAACCUCACCAAUCAGGGUCCUGAAUCGCCAGCAAUUGUUCGAAUUCGUUCAGCGCGCAACUGCUCUCUGCAGUUUCUCCAUCUGUCGUAAUCGGUGUUGUCAUGUACAACAGCUCUACAGCAUAUUAAAAUAAGAAAUGCCGUAGAUGUCCUUUGUUUUGUUGUCUAUCUUCAUCUGCAGAUGCAAGGAAGAUCGCUGUGAC